UACCUACCAAAAUUGUGAUAGUGAAUUUGUGAUUUUGAUAGAUAUUAACCUAAAAAAGAUUGUCUUUUGUGGUUCCCUUUAGCAAGUUGUAUACUUUUUUUGUGCUUUGAUUAUGGUUGAUCAACUGUGGUUUUCACAGCAGAAAUACCUAAAUCAUAUGUCAUUUGAAGGUGAUGAUGGUCUGUGUAGGGAAAUAUGGAAGGUCUGUUCUGGUUCAUCGUUGGAUGUUUCAAAGGCUGGGGAGAGAGUAUACUACUUUCCAAGACUUCAUGUGGAGCAGCUGGAGCAAUCAUCCAACCAGGAACUGAUUGAAAGACUACAAUUGUCCAACUUACCCCCGAAGAUCCUUUGUCGUGUUGUACAUAUUCGCCUUCUGGUUGAACAUGAGACAGAAGAGGUUUAUGCGGAGACCAUAUUAUUGCCAAAUCAAGAUCAAAAUGAGCCAACAGCUCCGGAUUUUAGUCCUCCAGACACUCCAAGGCCCCAGUUUCAGUCGUUUUGCAAGUGUUUAACUCAAUCUGAUAUAAAAAGCAAUUGGGGACUGUUUGUUCCCCAGAAAGAUGCUGUCAAAUGCUUUCCUCCCUUGGACAUGCGACAAGAAAAACCAAGCCAAGAACUGAUAGCAAUGGAUCUUCAAGGAAAUGAAUGGCGCUUUAAACAUGCAUACCAAGGCCAACCACGGAGGCAUUCGCUCACAAAUGGCUGGAGUACAUUCGUUACUAGUAAGAAAUUGCUUGCCGGGGAUUUAGUUGUGUUCUUAAGGGAUGAAACUGGCAAACUACAUGUUGGGAUUAGACGUUUAUCUUAUCAACGUUCUAUUGGAGCAUCAACAUUUUCAAGACAAAGCAUGGAAGGUGCUCUUGCCGUUGCUUCUCAUGCCUUUGCAACCCAAAGUCUCUUUUUUGUUUACCACAAGCCAUGUUAUGAUAAAUCAAGUCAAUUUAUUAUGAGCUUGAGCAAGUAUUUUGAAGGUGGAAACCAUGGCUGUGGAGUUGGCAUGAUAUCUCGAAUGCAACAUGAGGGUGAGGACUCCUCUCAUGUGAGAAGAACAAAUGAUCUGGACCAGAUAUCUUCAUCUCAGGGUCAACAGACAACAAAUCUUAUGCUCGAGGAGGAUCAGUACAUGCAAGACUCGGAAGCAGUACUCGAUUGUGCUCAAUCUACUAUGAUAGAUUCGGAGAUCAGGCAGCAGACAAUUGGAUCGCUUAAUAACAUCCAUUGUUUUGCCCCUGUAGAGGACAAUGGACUGCAAUUGCAUGCAGCAGUUGCGAGGGAGAAUAAUAAUGAGGGAUCUAUUCCAAAUGAUACUGUAAGCAUCCAAGCUGGAGAUGAGGACUUGGAUGAGCUAUUCAAGGAUUUUGACAUUCCAGAUUCUACAAACACUAGUCUCGAUACUAUAGCUUUGGAUUUGGACAGUGAAUGGUUCAGAUCGACGCUACAAGAGCAAGAAGAGACUAUUACUCCCAGUCAGCCAAAUGCCUCAGAAGAUCACUCUAGACGAACUUCUUCUGUAUUGGAGCAUCCGACUUCCUUCCAAGUGAUGUCUAUCUCUUCAAACCCGAGUCAGAUUCCCUACGAAGGACCUGGUCGUGGUGAUGAGCAAGUUUCUUGGGGAGGCUAUCAAGUAGCACGACGAACUUUACCAAUACUCAGUAGGGUUGUCUCGCGGUACCCUGAUUCACUCGUGAACUUCAGGGUUGCAAAUAGCAUACUUCAGUCGGUGUAUUUGGAAAUAUUGGCAGAGUUAGUCUACUUUCUCAAUAAUCUUACAAUAGUGAACUUGUCAAAGGAUCAGUUCAAUGUUGCUAGGCAACAUAUCUGGGACCUAAAGUUAAGUGGCAUUGAAAUAGGCUGGCUUGAAAAUCGUUUACUGCAUAUAGAUGAAGUAUUUAUCAUGGAAAGUUUACGGCAAAGGCGACAAGCACUCACACGUAGAAUGGAGGAGACAUUUAAGCAGCUAGAUGGGGAACUUGGAUGUAUAGACAAGGAGCUUCAUGAACUAUCUCUAAAGGUUGGCCCUAAUCCCCCUAUGAGAUUGCACUCUGUCUUGGAGGGUUUGCUGUAGUUUUCAGUGAUGUUAUCCUUUCUAUUUGACUACAUGAUAAAUGAGAAAAAGCCGGACAUAGUCCAUUAUCUUUGGACGGAGGCUCAAAAUGAUCGUAUUUCUUUCA